AUGGCACUGCACACUUCAGCGGGUGCGACCUCUGCUUCGAGUGACGAUGUGUUCGCAGAUCUCAAGACGCUCACAUAUCCGUCGGACGCGUACCACAUGCCGCCCGUGCGAGCCGUUCACGCUCGCAUUCAGAGCGAUACCCCGAUCCUUGUGGACGGCGUCUUCGUUUCGAUCUUCGGAGACGGCGAACUGGAAGAAGGCUACUUGCAAGCUCUGGACACAGUCAACACCGCUUCAGUCGAGGGUGCGCUGGUGUACGUGCAGGCCGAGGGCAUCAACGUCAACGCGCGUACUGACAACGAACGCUGCAAGCGCAAGUCCGGCAUGGCCGUCAUCGUCUUCUUCGAGAUCCUCAUCGCCCAAACCAACGAGACGCUGGCCCAGUUCCAGGACUCGUGGGGCGACACGCCCGAGUACGGACCAAUGAUUCCUAUGGACAGCAAACGCUGCACGCCCCUUUCAGGGGACGACGGCUUCCCCGCUGGCUGCUUGCAGUUCAACGGAGACGACCUAACGUCGCGUGCCCCGUACCCGAAGAGCUACUGGUUCUCCUUCCCGAGCACGUGUCCGCUUAAAGCCUGGAUCGACAAGACGGACGAAUGCCGCAGUGGCACGCGCAAGGGGCUCUGCAGCUACGGACAAGGCCUCGACGGCGUGGACUGCACCUUUGCCUACAACAUUCUUGGCUGGGUGACCAUCGACGACGUUGUGGGCAUCACCUCCAUCAAGAACGCGAAAACUGGAUCGACCUACGCUAACUACACGGAGUGGUGCAGUGCUGACUCGAACCACAUUGAGUUUGCUGCGGACACGUCGACCGGCGAGAUGGAGAGUGGCCUCCCAUUCUGGGAAGACCCACUGAGCUCAACGGCCAAUGCUGCGCGUGCGGAGGCUUUGGUGGCCAAGUACGAGGAGACGCUCACUUCGGGAUCGACGCAGAUUGAGGACACUCUGAUCAAGGCCUUCAAGGCGUUGCCCACCCCCGACGAGCUUGCAGUGCUGAACCCUCCGUGCUACAAGACGGUGGAGGCCUGUGGGUCUGGCAACGGCUGCAAGCGUGUUGGCUACUCGCAGUUGUGUGCGGAAUGUGAUGCUGACGAAGGGUGCGAGACUGGAGGAAGCGGCUUUCAGUACCCGACUCUGGAGAAGGCGUUCACCACGCUGUCGGACAGCGAGACUAUGGGUAGCGUCGGAGGUUCUAGCGAGGCCGCAACCAGCAGCUCUGACGCUGCUCGAGGCGGCCAAGACGGACUUUGGAAUGACGAUGUGAUCACUGCGAAGCGAGUCCCGCGAGGUAAAGUCAAGACCCACAAGCUGCUCAGCAAAGGCGCGUUUGGCGAGGUGUACAGCGGCGUCUACAACGAUCAACCAGUCGCCGUCAAGAUGCUCUUGCCAUCCACGCGUGGAAACCUCCAGCACAUCACGCAGUUCCUUGCCGAGGCCAAGAUGACUGCGACUAUGGAACACCCGCAUAUCGUCGCCUUUAUCGGUUUCAUGGACGGGGGAGACCUACGCACCCUCUUGAACAAGAACGAGGCCAACAAACACCCCGUGGGCGUGGAUCGAGAGAAAGCCUCCAUCGCACUACACAUCUGUCAGGCACUCACGUAUCUGCACUCGCUCAUGCACCCUGUCAUCCACCGAGACCUCAAGUCGCGCAACGUGAUCCUCAACAGCGCCAUGGAAGCCAAGCUAACGGACUUCGGCAUCUCGAAGGAGCGUCGGGAUCAAACGAUGACGGCCGGUGUUGGGACUUCACUGUGGAUGGCUCCAGAGGUGAUGCUGGGCGAGAAGUACGACGUGAAGGCGGAUAUCUUCUCGUUUGGCGUCGUAUUAUCCGAGUUGGACGUCCACAGUCUACCGUACACCAGGACUAUUAAUACUUCUCGAAGUAUCUAA